AACAGAUUUGUAACACCACAGCAUUCAGCUGCAAAUUCAACUGCGACUUACAGAACACAACAACUAGCACUAUAAACAGCAACAACGUGAGAGGAAGGCAUCCCCAGCCCCUUCGCCUUUAAAAUGCCAUGGAAGCAGCGGCUUUCAGCAGAACACCUUAUCUGCUCUCGAGAGCUGUGACUCUUCAUCCUUUCCUUAUGAAGACCCAGGGGAUUGCUUACUUAGCAUCCACCAGAGGCAAUGGAUAGGGUGAGCAGUCACUGCAGCCAGAAAAGCCCAGCACAGAGCAAAGGCAACUACCUCUGCACACAGAGACUUUGGAGCUGAAUUGAGCUGAACAGAGAACCCCUCCGGCUGGCAGAGCCAUGUGCGGCCGAGAAGAGCAGCCACUUUCACUCCGCUGAAAAGCAAUGCAAGCGCACCAGUGAUAAGAACUGCUUCCAGGUCUGGGUGGACGUGAACCUGAGCGGAGCCUGAAGGCGUUAAAGCCACGCUGACCGACAAAACUUUUUAAAUAUGACUACAGUGAGGAUUUCAGCUCCACGAUGCUGCCAUGCUGGGAUGUGACAGGCUUCUUACCCAGGUCUGGAAGGUGGUCAAUGAUGUUAGCAGCAAACAUAAACCCCGAUGAGGAGCAGCAUGAGCCAUGGAGGGACCCACCCCAGAGCCCGCAUACGUUGAUGUGGACAAGGGACUGACAUUAGCAUGCUUUGUCUUCCUCUGCCUUUUCUUGAUUGUGAUGAUAAUUCGCUGUGCAAAAGUCAUCAUGGACCCUUACAGUGCCAUCCCCACAUCCACAUGGGAAGAGCAGCACCUGGAUGACUGAAGAGGCUUGACCACACAGAGGCAUAAGAUGCUGCAAACUAGGAGGCCUCUGCCGAUCAUAAAGACAAGCAGAAACAGCCAUUUUCAGAUAUGCAGGAUGACAGCAAUAU